CAACUGAGGGAGGCUUAAAGAGACCACAGUGAAAUCAUAGCAACUUGAGGACAAGAGAAGCCAAACGGGAAAGAAACCAACGGCCGAAUAACCAUGACUUCGACCGCGUUUCGAUAGCUAUCAUUCAAAGAUAACCGCUUGACGUCAAACAACAGUCUGUCACCUUUUUGCUGCUGUUCCUUGAACCCUGGCUUGCCUCCUGCCUCGGCACCGCAACAUGGAGACGCUCCACUGUGUCAAUGAGGGCUGACCAGAAGGAAUGAGGCACUCCAGAACAUGUUCUCAAGUGGCCUUUUGGAUGCAGUAGUUGCGCUUUUGAGUGCUUUUUCAUGACUGGUGUUGUAUGUUUGUCUGUGGAAACAUCCUAGAGAACUCUGCCCUUUUUAUCAGGCAGCGACUUCCGAUUCCGAGACUGGAUUAAGAAAUGCACAAGAACGGAGCUCCUAUCGCAGACAAGAGAAACAAAGAAGAAGAAGAAAAGGGAAAAGCUGUCUGAUCGACAAACGGGUCAAACAGCGGCAGUGCUGACCAUUUAAGUCUCUGCACAUUCUAACUGCAACCCCUUUCCUCUGUCCUGUGAGCUCUGACUCCCUCCCCCUCCUUUAAGUGUCCUCCAUUGUUGUUAUUGGAGUUUCUAUGGUUUGCAUGGCUGGAGACUAACCGUGGAGAGGCCAGGGUAUCACAAGCUUAUGGAUUUUGACAAGAGAGGGGGCAAGGGAGAGACAGAGGAAGGGAAAAAGAUGUCUAAGACGACAGGCAGCAGGACUGGACAUGGGGGCAGGAGUUCAGGGACGAAUUCUGGAGUUCUUAUGGUUGGCCCAAACUUCCGAGUGGGGAAAAAAAUCGGCUGCGGGAACUUUGGAGAGCUGCGACUGGGAAAGAACCUCUAUACUAAUGAAUACGUGGCCAUCAAAUUGGAGCCCAUUAAGUCCAGGGCGCCACAGCUCCAUUUGGAGUACAGAUUUUACAAACAGUUGGGAAAUUCAGAGGGAAUCCCUCAGGUGUACUACUUCGGCCCUUGUGGGAAAUACAACGCCAUGGUGCUGGAGCUGCUCGGGCCCAGUCUAGAGGACCUGUUUGACCUUUGUGACCGCACCUUCUCCCUCAAGACCGUCCUCAUGAUAGCCAUACAGCUGAUAACGCGAAUGGAGUAUGUUCACACCAAGAGUCUGAUCUACAGAGAUGUGAAGCCAGAGAACUUUCUAGUUGGGCGACCUGGAAGCAAGAGGCAGCACACGAUCCACAUCAUUGACUUUGGUCUGGCCAAAGAAUACAUAGACCCGGAGACCAAAAAACACAUCCCAUACCGGGAGCACAAAAGUCUGACUGGGACGGCGCGCUACAUGAGCAUUAACACACACUUGGGGAAGGAGCAAAGCAGAAGGGAUGAUUUGGAGGCGCUGGGUCAUAUGUUUAUGUACUUCCUCCGAGGCAGUCUCCCCUGGCAGGGCCUAAAGGCCGACACUUUGAAAGAGAGGUACCAGAAGAUCGGAGACACCAAACGAGCAACGCCGAUUGAAGUGCUCUGUGAAAGCUUCCCUGAGGAGAUGUCCACCUACUUGCGCUACGUGAGGAGGCUGGACUUCUUUGAGAAGCCAGAUUACGAUUACUUGCGGAAGCUCUUCACUGAUCUGUUCGACAGGAACGGCUACGUCUUUGACUAUGAAUACGACUGGGUUGGAAAAUCCCUCCCCACACCGAUAGGCCCCAUCCCCAGUGACACGCCCCUGCAGCCCAGCGGCAGAGACAAAGCACAACAGCAAACCAAAAACCAGUCACCUGAGCCCAAAGGAAGUGAGUCUCAGCCCACUCCCGUGACCAAUAAGGAGACUCUGGGGUCGCACCUUACAGCUGAGCGGCUGGGGGGCUCUGUUCAGGUGAUGAGCUCAACGAACGGCGAGCUGAACACCGAUGAUCCCACAGCCGGACACUCCAACGCGCCCAUCACCGCUCCCACCGAGGUCGAAGUGGCCGAUGAAACCAAGUGCUGUUGUUUCUUCAAAAGGAGAAAGAGGAAAGCCCUCCAGAGGCACAAGUGAAAGAAGAGAGCCGAGAGAACUUGAAACUUUGUGGUCACUGUCAAGUUUUAAAUGGAAGCAACUACACAAAAAGUCCCCCGUCCUCUUAUCCUCUCUCCAGCCUCCCCCACACGUCUUUACCCCUCUCACCUCCCCACCCCACCCCCCGUCACCUUGUACCCC